AUGACAGUCACAACAGACCAAACAGUAGCCUUGAAGUAUGCUCAAGACUUUGUUGAUUUUGUAAACGAGUCACCAACACCGUACCAUGCAGUGGAUUCCGUUAAAAAGAUGUUGGUUAAUGAAGGAUUUGAGGAGAUUGUUGAGCGCAACAAUUGGUCCAAAUCUUAUAAACUUGCCAAAAAUGGGAAAUACUUUGUCACCAGAAAUGGUUCUUCUAUUAUUGCAUUUACUGUUGGCGGAAAAUACGAAAAUGGGAACGGAAUUGCUAUUGUGGGGGCCCAUACAGACAGCCCAUGUUUAAGAAUAAAACCAAUUUCAAAACGAACUUCAGAGGGAUUUAUCACUAUUGGAGUUGAGCAGUAUGGAGGUUUGAUUGCCCAUACAUGGUUUGAUCGUGAUUUGUCUGUUGCAGGCCGUGUUUAUGUAAAUGAAGAGGGACAAUUUGUUCCUAAAUUGUUGAAAAUUGACAAGCCUUUGUUAAGAAUUCCAACUUUGGCUAUCCAUUUGAAUCGUGAAGUGAAUACAAAGUUUGAGUUCAACAAGGAAACCAAAUUGGUUCCUAUUGCUGGACAAACAGCCUUGGACAAGAAUGAAAAUGAAAAUGGAAAAAAAACAGCAGCAACCGAGGGUGGAAAUAAGCAUAGUUGUUCAGAUGAUCCUAAUUUGCAAAUGACCCAGGAACAAUUCGAGUCGGUAAGAAAUGUGAUUUCCAGACAUAACAAAUCAUUGAUUGAACUAAUUGCCAAAGAAUUGAAUGUCGAGCCCCUGCAAAUUGAAGAUUUUGAGUUGCUUUUGUUUGAUCAUCAAAAAUCAGUAAUUGGUGGGUUAAAUGAUGAGUUUAUUUUCUCGCCAAGGUUGGAUAAUUUGACUUCGUGUUUUGCUGCUACCCAAGGUUUAAUUGAGUCAGUUGACCAAUUACCCAAUGAAAAGGGAAUUCAAAUGAUAAGUUUGUUUGACCAUGAAGAGAUUGGUAGCCGAAGCCUGCAUGGGGCAGACUCGUCUUUUCUUCCCGACAUUAUUCAGCGUCUUGCCAAGAUUAAUUUCAACAAUGUGAAGGAGAAGGAGUCAGGGUCAGGGUCAGUUGAUUUCUUUCAUGAAAUUGUUUCCAAAUCAUUUUUGUUGUCAUCUGACAUGGCGCAUGGGAUACAUCCAAACUAUGGAGAAGCUUACGAGAGUCAGCAUCGUCCACAAGUAAACAUGGGCCCGGUAAUCAAGAUCAAUGCCAAUCAAAGAUAUGCAACAAACUCUCCGGGUAUUGUGUUGAUUAAAAAAGUUGCAGACAGAGCAAAAGUACCCCUUCAGUUGUUUGUUGUGAGAAAUGAUUCACCUUGUGGAUCAACUAUAGGCCCGUUAUUAAGCUCGAAAUUAGGUAUCAGGACUUUGGAUUUGGGUAAUCCUCAAUUAUCAAUGCACUCAAUCAGAGAAACAGGAGGUACCUACGAUGUGAUUAAAUUGAUGGAUUUGUUUAAAUCCUAUUUUGAAAACUACGUCGACUUGGACUCUAAAAUAUUAUGUGACCAUCUCUAA